AUUAAAGUUGUUUCCUUUGGUUGGCAUUUAUGUUCAUAUUAAAUGUAGAGAGAUCGUGGUUACUUGACAUUUCAACGAUUUUUUAUUUUUUUUUUUCCUUUUUUGGGAUUUUUAUACAAUUUUGUUUUUUUUUUUCUCUUGGAGAAACAGUAUAAACAUCUGCAUUUUUCUCGAGGUUGGUUUUUUAAACGAUCCAAGAUUUUCUUUGUUUCCAAUUCUUGUUUCUAAUGGACUUUUUUGUUGUUGUUAUUUUUUUGGGUACUAAUGUUAGGUUAAAGUUUUAGUUCAGGGUAUUAUUUAUCUCUACUAAGAUCAUUCAUAUAUUAGUGGUGGUUGUUUGAAGAUAAUAUAGCCUUUGCAGCUCUGUGAAAGAUGACAAUGAGAUCAGACAAAGAUUGUGUGUUUGGAAACUUGAUAGAGAGUAGCGAAGAAAAUACUGAAGUAAAGAUCCUGGAACACGAUCAUUUGGUUUUCUAUAUGGACAAGAAUGUAAUGGCUCGCAAAUUGCCUGAGACGGUCGUAGUUACUAACCACGAGGAGGUUACUUUUAACGUUGUCAAGGAUGUAUGUGUCGAUGAGGGUGUGCCUAUGAUGCCGGAUAAGUUCUUAUUCAACGAGAAAGAUUAUGUCAACGUAAAUACGAAACCGUUCGGAUCCAAAUCCUCAGAAGACAGCAAACUCAAUCAAGAAAAUGUGAAUGUGACAGAACAAGAAGUUAAAGAUGAUUGCAAAGUGGCACCGGGGGUUGUAGUAGCUACAUCAAGAAGUGUCUCUAAGGAAGCUUUAACCUUGGGAGAUAUUAUAUCAAUGGAGGGUUCUCAAAGACCAGCCAACAAAAACAACACUCAUGGACCUGAAGAAACAGAACAGGAGAAAACAGAGGAACCAAUAGCAGAAAGCUUGAGAUAUCUCUCCACUGAAAUGGCAGAAUCAGAGAAUCAACGACUAAACGAUGUGCUUGAAGACUCUUAUGAUCACAAUCUCUUCUCAAGCAAUUUACCAAACGGUUUUGGGGAAAGAAGUUUCUCUGAAGCAGAACCAGGUUUAGCUCAUAUAAGUUACUCUGGACUGAUCUCAGUCUCCGGAAACAUCUCUGUUCGAUCUGAUGGAAGCACAGUUAGCGGAAGCUCCUUCGCUUUCCCACUAUUGCAAUCGGAAUGGAACAGCAGUCCAGUAAGAAUGGUGAAAGCUGAGAAGACACAACGUUGAAAGGAGAAAGGAUGGAGACAUUACUCUCUUCUUCUCUGUUGUAGAUUCUGAUGGAGACAUUACUCUGCCUUUUUUCUCAAAAGGGGUUUUAAACCUUAUAGGUUCUACAGAUCGUUCAAAAACAGAGAAGAGUGCUUUUUCUUUUUGUUGUUUGGUAUUUUUAGUAAAUAAUUCUUUUCUGGUUUCAAUUGCUUCGUUGUGGCUUGGAGACUAGGAAUGUGUAUUUUGUGUUCUCUCAGUUUCACGUGUUGCUUCAGUCACAAGGUACAAAACCUAAUUACACUUUUGUACAGCAA